GCUCCUCACUCAGCUGCUUUAUCGCUGCAAGUGACAGAAUGGGGAGGGUUCCAUCCCGCUGGUGCUCUCAGAGAGCGAGGGGGCUAUAAAAGGAGGAGGUGCUGGCCAGCUGGGGGACAGUGACGGACAACGGCUGAGAGAGAGAGAGAGAGAGAAGCCAGAGGAGAGCGAAGAGGCAGCACGCAGAUCAUUCCUUGGCCAGCGCCGGCAUGGGCUCCUUCCCCUUCACCACGAGCCUCCUCCUCUUCCUGGUGUUUCUGCUUCCAGGUCAAAUGGGUCACAUUGGAGCUAGCCCUGUGUACAAUGGCAUGUCCAGUGCAGACCUGAUGGAUUUCAAGGACUUGCUGGAUCGUUUGGAGGACAAGAUGCCUUUAGAAGAUGAAGUUGCACCCCCACAAAUACUGAGUGAGCAGACUGAUGAAGCCGGGGCAGCUCUCAGCCCCCUCCCUGAGGUACCUCCCUGGACUGGGGAGGUCAGCCCAGCCCAGAGAGAUGGGGGUGCCCUUGGGCGGAGCCCCUGGGACUCCUCGGAAAGAUCUGCUCUCCUGAAAAGCAAGCUGAGGGCGAUGCUUGCUGCCCCUCGGAGCCUGCGGAGGUCCAGCUGCUUUGGGGGCAGGAUGGACAGGAUUGGGGCCCAGAGUGGACUGGGCUGCAACAGCUUCCGGUACCGAAGAUAACAGCCAGGAGGCCAGCCCCAGGGCGGACGGCAUGAGACCCACAUGCCACUUGGUCUCAUCUCGUUGGCAAGGAGUCAGCUGUGAUGAGCACCCUAUUCCAUCUGCAGCUUCCAACAUGUCUCACAUUUUGAGCUAAAUGUAGAUAAAAUGGUUUAAUCAUGGCUCCCCUGCCUUCCCAUUAAAUUUCCGAGUAAACUCUCACCUGUUACGGAAAGCAGUUUGAAAAUGAAUAAACUUCAGCACCAUGG